CUCCUCUCGGCUGUCUCUCUCGGUCCGUUGGUCCAUCCCGGUUCCCAUUGUCUCCCCUCUCCGCUCCUUGAAGACAACCGGGACACGACAAACUAAACUUAACCGUUAUUCCGCUCACAGCGCCUCGCGCACGUUACGUCAGGAGACUUACCUCGACCCGAAAUCUCACCCUGUCCCUGUCCAGCCGGAAUGUGGACACGCUUUCAUGUCUUUAUUUUAAUUUAACGUCUCAGAAGAUUUAUUUCCUGUAACGGAGGAGGCGGUGAAUGAACCGAGUAACGGCUGACAGGACGGCGGCGGUGUUGUGGAGGAGCUGAACCGGAGGAGGAGGACUUGUUAUCCGACAGAGACGCCGAAAUCAGCGUCCAGGGGCUGGUGACAUAUCACAACAUCCUAGCAACAAUUUUACUCAGCGUCUCCUGAGUGGAUAAAACACCACAUUCAGAGAGAGGACACAAAGAUACCGAAUUACAACCGUUGUUUUGUGGGGAUAAAACACGUUGUGUGUUGGUUCCGGUGUGAAUGAGAGGAUGUUGCCGCUACAUGCCCGUUACUUCCCCUGAGAGGAGAGGAGAGGAGAGGAGAGGAGCAGGUCUGUGAGAGGAGGCAGGAUCCAGGAGGCAGAGACCACUUUCACUUGUCUUCUCCACCCUAAAACAAAUUAGGCUGUUUCAAUCAGCCAAAUCCAAGUGGCGCUUAAUCGGAUUAUUAAACAAAAGAGGCUUUAAUCUGGGGGAAUAUAUCCAUCUAAUCUCACCAUCUCUGCUCCUCUAAGUGGCUACUGUACCGUGCUAGAUCUGUGACAAGGAUGCGACUAAUCGACGUGAUUGGAGACUUUGUGGUCCAGUAGAUGAUGCUUGGACAAGUUGCCCCUUUCUGGACAUAGCUGGAGGGUCACUGUAACCUUUGCUUCAUUGGUGAAGGCAUUUACAUGAUCAGAAAUUAAUCCUUCCCAAUCAAUCAAAAUGCACCACAGCACCUGAUUGAUCAGACACUACCUUCAAGGUUUCCCCCCCACAAGCUUCCUGGAUACACCAAGAACAAUUCGUGGACUUGAAUUAUCCCCAAGGCCCACCGUCCAUCCUUUGAUCCCUGACCCCAUGUGUGUUGAAAAUCCAAAGGACCACGUUUCAGGCUGUUUGCCUGUCAGCACCCGAGCCAUUUCAAUGAAGUAGUGGCCCCUUUUUCUAUUCCCCCGAGCUCCAGCGAGUACAGGGGCUGCACUCUGUUCGCCGAGGCCGAGCAGCGAGAGCCUCCACCUGGGCUGCCAGCCAGCCAGACGGCCCUCCGGGGGGCUUUUUGGAUUUCGAAGGUUCCAGCUGGAGGAUUUGGGAGUUUUACCCAGAGUUUCGUCUCCACGUGGAUCGCUGGAGAGAGAGAGGGAGGAGGAGGACAUCAUGGGGUGCUGUAGUGGCAGGUGCACCUUGGCCUUCAUCUGUGGCAUGCAGCUGGUCAGCGUGUUGGAGCGUCAGGUGAUAGAUUUCCUGGGCUACCAGUGGGCUCCCAUCCUGACCAACUUCCUCCACAUCAUUGUCGUCAUCCUGGGCCUGUUUGGCACCAUCCAGUUCAGGCCGAGAUAUGUCACCGGGUACGCCGCCUGGCUGGUCGUGUGGAUGACCUGGAAUGUUUUCAUCAUCUGUUUCUACCUGGAGGUUGGGGAUCUGUCCAGAGACUCUGACCUUGUCCUGACGUUCAACCUGUCCAUGCAUCGCUCCUGGUGGAUGGAGAACGGCCCGGGGUGCAGGGUGACACCCAUCACUCCACCUCCCUCCUGGGCGCCCGAGGACCACCGAUAUAUAUCUAUAUCCGGCUGUCUGAUGGAUUUCCAGUUCAUAGAGGUGGCUCACUCCUCGCUGCAGAUACUCCUGGCUGUAAGUACUCAGGCUAAAUAAGUACUUUCUUGUAUGUACCCUAAUUUCAAACUCAAGUAUUGCUUUCUUUCUGACAUAAAACUUAAAGCACCAUUAUUGAUCUUUUUUACCACUUGUGGGAAAU